GAUGGCCCGUACUCUGGAUCCACUGGCAAAGAAGAUCUUUAAAGGAGUUUUAGUAGGUGAACUUGUGAGCAUUUUUGGAGCAUAUUUUUUGUUUAAAAAGAUGAACACAAGCCAAGAUUUCAGGCAAACAAUGAGCAAGAAAUUCCCUUUCCUCUUGGAAGUUUAUUACAAAUCCAUUGAACACUCUGGAAUGUAUGGCAUCAGAGAACAAGAUCAAGAAAAAUGGCUGAACAGCAAAAAUUAGGAAUGUGACCAUCGAUCAAAAUUUGUCCUAUUUCGUAGUA